CCAAGAUGGUGGACGACCAUGGGGACACGCAAGCAUAAUCGUGUCAAAAUAUGUUUUCCUCCUAGCAAGCUGUUAUAAAAGCCAUUUUUUCGCCUUGCGCCAUCAGUGAACGGCAGGCAGUCACGAUGGGGGACAUAGAGAUACAAAUGUUGGAGCAGCAGCGUCUUAUUGAGCAGCUGAAGGAGAUGAUCCGCGACCGAGAUCAGGAUGUCCAGCGCAAAGAUAAAGAACUGACGGAGGUGAAUGCCAAGCUGUCCAAGAUGAAGCUGCAGGCAAAAGCCAAACUGGCAAAGGAAGCGAAAGCAGCCAAAACUGGUGACAAGAAAGAACAGGGGGACACUGUGGUAGCUGAUGAUAAGAAUGGAUCCACAGAGGAUGACCCCCCUGACCGUGCUAGUCGGGCAAAGAUGCUGCUGUUGAAACGUAAACUUGAGGAAAAAGAUCGGAUGAUCCGGGAAAGGGAGGAGGCUGUUGCCAUCAAAGACCAGCAGAUUGAAGUGAAGGAAAAGAUAAUAGGAGAGCGGGAGGAGAUCAUCUCUGGUCUGACUGCUCAGCUAGAGGAGAAGACACGACUGAUGGAAGACAUGAGCUCACAGGAGGGCCAAGGGGACGGAGAUUCUGAGGCACGUGUGCAGCAGAUGUAUGCCCAGAUCGUGUACAAGGACAGGAACCUUCUGGAUCUUAACAACAAGAUCCUGGAGCUGGAGCGCCGCCUUAUAGAUCUGCAGGAGUUUGUUGGAGAGAAGAACGAGGUCAUACGGGGUCGCGAUAAGGUCAUAGAGAUACUGCAGUCCACCAUCAAGGAGAAAGACCAGACCGUGACGGACCAGGCCAUGUUGAUCACCAAACUGACCGGCAAGGUGGAGUCCAAUGAUGAGAUCCUUACACAACUGAGAGAAGACGUACAGAAGGCCGACCAUGAUCUCAAACAUGAGAGGGAGAGGUUUAAUCUCAGGCUGUGUGAGUCUCAGAAAUAUUUCGAAGAAACAUUGCAAGAACAGGAGGAAAGCAUAGCUAAAUUACGAAAAACUGUUCAAGAUAAGGAAGCUGAAUUACUUGUAGCUGAGAAUGAUUUGAGAGAGCUUAUAGCUAGACAUGAGAGAGAUAUUCAGAAAAUCAUGUCCAAAGGUGAAGUCAACAUUCAUGAUCAGGUGAUACAGAUGAUGGAAGUUAAGUUAAAAGAUUUGAAUGAUGUGCUUGAAGGUAAAAUAAAGGUGAUUGAGGUGCUUCAAAAAGAAUCUAGUCAGAAAGAAAAGGACUUGCAGGAGAGUAAGGACCUACAGAAAUGUUUCAAAGAGAAAUUACAACAAAUGUCAGAACAGUUAAUGCUGUCUCAGGCCAAUUUGGUUGACAUGGAAUCUCAGUGGCAGGAACAGAAGAAGAAGUAUGAUGCUAAGAUUUCUGAAAUUGUUGAAAAACAUGAAAACGAAACAGCCGAGAAAGACUUGCAUAUCCAGAGUAUAAAGUCCUCAGCUGCUCAGCUUGAGGUAGCAUAUGGGCAGUCUGUGGCUCAAUAUAGCGCCUUGCAGGAAAGGUACCAGCAGCUAGUUACACUGAGUAAAAAUUUCUCGGAUACAACAAAACCUGUGAACCAGUCUGGGGCACUGUCAGAUGAGGCAAUGGAUAAACUUAAGUCUGAACUUAAAGCUAAGGAACAGGAUAUUGAGGAACUGAUAUGUUUUAAACAGAAAUGCGAGAGUUUGACAGAAGUGUUUCGAGAGAAAGAAGUUGAAAUAAGUGAGCUCAAGAGGCAAUUGGAUGAUAAGAGUGUAGAAAGUGAGAAAGUACAGAAAAGUUCAGAAGGAACUGGUGCUAAGGGAGGGGACACCAAAAUGUUGAAGAUGAAGGCCCAGCUCACAGCUAAGGUGAAAGCCCUGGAGAAAGAAGUGGCCACACUGAAAAAGGCAAAGGGCACACCACAACCAGACGAGGCUGUUAUCCUGAAACUCUCUGAGCUGGAAACCAAGAUAACGGAGAAGGAAUCUGAGAUCUCAAUGCUGACAGAGGAGCUUGUGGUUGCAAGGGAAACCCUGGAAAAAGAAGUGUUGGUUGCCGAGCAAUUACGGGAAGAGCAGGGGAGGCUGAAGGAGCAGGCUUCGGGAGCAGCACAGAGGAUAGCUGAGUUGGAGGUAGAGGUCAGGCAAUCGGAACAGCAGGCAGAGACUGUACAGGCCUCUUUGCAGGCUCAGAUUGAGGCGUUCACAGAUGACCUUGACACAGCUUCCACAACCGUUAAACAGCAAGAGCAGGAGAUAUGCAAGUUCUCAUCUCAACUACAAGAUGCAGAAACUAAAACAUCCCAAUUAGAGCAAGAAUUAUCUGCCCUUGAGAGUAGCUCUUCCCAGGCCCAGCAACAAUUAUCUGCCCUUGACACUGGCUCUUCACAACAGCUUGAGAGAAUCAGAGCAUUAGAGGAAGAAAAGCUAAACCAGGCAGAAUCUGUAGCAGCCCUAAAUGGGAAGAUCUCAACACUUGAAGCUGAUAAGGGCAGCCUUGAGGAUAACAUUAACCAACUAAAUGAAUCUAUCACUUCUCUCACUAAUGAAAACUCUGCACUUCAUGGUGAAAUAUCUAAGGCUAAAGAUGAUUACUCUGCUAUUGAAAAUGAAAAACAUACACUGCAGGAAUAUCUUGAAAAAUCCGAAAAAAGUUGUGAUUCACAAAGUGAAUUGGUUCAAGAACUGACUGAGAAAGUUGCAAACUUGGAAGAAACAUGUAAAUCAUUUGAAGAAGCAGUGACUAAAGAGAAAGAAAUUAGUCAAACUUUGAAUAGUGACUAUGCCCAAAAGGUUCAGGAGUGCCAGUCUUUGGAGCAAAAUGUUUCUGAUCUUCAUCAAGAAAAACAAAGAUUACUGGAGAAAGUUCAGAGCAUGGAAAGUGACAUAUCAGAACUUUUCGUUCACAUUGGUGAUGAUGUUAACAGUAUUGCAUUAGUUGAAGAUAAGGUGGAACGAUUAAAAACAAACUGUGGAAAAUUAGAAGAGCUGUGUAGUGUAAAAGAAAAUGAUUUACUAUGUGUCCAGAAUGAGAAAGCGGAUUUACAAGAAAAGUUAAGUGCAAAUAAAAGUGAAUAUGACAAGCUUAGUGAGUUGCUAGAGCGGAAAAGUGAUGAAUUUGAAUCAUUGACUGUAAAACAUAAUGAAAUAAAAGAUGAGAAUGCCAAGUUAACUGAUACAGUAAGAGAAAAUGAACUGAUGGUUAAACAACUCUCAAGAGAACUAGAAACUAUUAGAGAAGGACAUUCCAUGAAAGGCGAAGAGUAUGAAAAUAAACUGGAGUCAAUGUUAACACAAAUAAAUGAUCUUGAAAAGGAAAAUUCUGACUUAAAAAGUGAGAGAAACAAGUUAGCAGCACACGUGUUAGAACUAAAAGAGUGUAUUUUGAAAGUAGAAAGUGAAAAAAUAACUCUACAAGAAAUGUGCCAUGAACUUAAUGAAAAAAUCACAGUUCUAAACGAGAAGUUAACAGAAAGCAAAACUGAGGUACAAACUUUGAAUGUCAGGUGCUCAGAGUUUACUGAUAAACUUGAAAGGAAAGAUGCUGAACUAGAAAACAGUGCAUCAGUUACCAUAGAAUUGAAGGAACAGAUGUUGUGUUUGGAGAAAACAGUGAAUGAAAUGCAGUUGAUACUAGAUAGUGAUAGAGCAGAAAGCGCAUUGAAAAUCAACAAGCUACAAGCAAACUGUGAUUCAUUAAUGUCUUCCAUAGAUUCAGAGAAGGAAUUCCGGACUUCAAGUGAAGAAAAAGAACAUUAUCUUCAAAGUCAGAUUAAUCAGUUAGAAAAUGAGUUCGCAGAGACAAGGUCAAAACUUGAAACAGCAUUAUUGAGCGAGGACUCACUAAACAAAAAGUGUUCACAUAAACAUAGUGUUAUUCAAUCAUUGACAGAGGACAUUGAUGAAUUAAAAACUCAGUUGGCAGAUUCUCACGCAAAAUGUAGUGAGUCUGAAAAGAGCAUUUCAACAUUAGAGGCUCAAGUAACAGACAGAAAUAGAGAAUUUGAAUCACUUAAAGAAGAAAAUUCAAUAUUAUUAGGACAGAUGAAUCAUUCUAACCAGAGUGGUCAAGAAAAAGAAAGAAUAAAUAAUGAGCUUAUUGAAAAGUUGAAAAAGGAUGUUGGUGAUGCAUCUGAAACGUGUUUGAAACUGAGUGGUGAAGUGGAAGACAUUGUCUCACAGAAAAAUGAUCUAGAGACAGAAAGAAAUGCAUUGAUAAAGAAACUUGAAGACUCUGAUAGUAAACUGGUCCAGCUGAAUAUUGAACUUGAACAAACAAGGAAAGAUCAUGAUGCUCUGGUUGAAGAUUUGAGGAAAGAAAUGAAUGAGAAAAUUACAUCACUACAUCAAGAAAAAGACAAUGAACUUGCAGUGCUUAGAGAGAAAAGUGAUACAGAACUGAAUCUACUGAGGCAAGAGAUUCAGUCAGUGAAUUUGGAAUUAAACGAAACAAAAUCAAUUUUAGAGUCUGCAGAAAAUAAUAUAAAGUCGCUUGAAGGUGAGCUGGAUUCUGCCAAAUCAGCAACAGGAGAUAUCCAAGCCUUAAAAGACGAGCUGGAAAUGAACCUUACUGCUGUGAGAACUUCAAACCAGGAACUCCAAACCACCAAUACCAACCUAGCAACUCAGGUUAGUGCCAUACAGCAUGAAUGUAACCACGCACAUGAACAGUUGUCUGCCUGCAAGAAUGAAUGUGCCUCAUUGCAUGAACAUUUUUCAUCUGUACAGUCUUCAUUGUCAGUUUUACAAUCUAGUCAUGAUGAUGUUCUUGUAGAAAAUUCUAAACUUGAUACUCUUGCCUCAGAUCUUACUAAUCAGUGUAACGCCUUGUCUCAGCAUGUUGCAAGUCUAGAAGACUCUAACAAGCAUUUGCGUCUGGAAAAAGAAAAUCUUGAGAGUGAAAUAAAGAGAUUGCAUGGAAAAAUUGAUGUAAUAUAUUUUGAAAGUUGUGUUGUGAAUGAAAGAAUUGCAUUAUUAGAACAGGAGCUGACAUCUAAAGUUGAACUCUUGUUUAGCACUGAUGCAUUGCUGAAGAAGUCAUUAGUUAUAGAAAAACAGCUCAAGAUAGAUAUUAAAACUUUGGAAGACGUAGUAGCAGUCAAAAAUGCAGAACUUCAAGAUAGUUUACUUGAAAAUAAAGAAAGUCUGAACUUAAUUUAUCAAGAAGCAAAUGCUAAAGAAAAAGCAAUCGAGGAAUUGAAGACCAAAUUAACCACUGUUAUAGAAGAUAACACUAUAGAGCAUGGUGAACAUAAGGAACAGAUUCAUGUUCUGGAGCAACUCAUAUCUGAUCGUGAUUCUAAAUUAAAGCAGAAGCUUCUAGAUAUUGAUGAAUUAAAACAUUCACAUGGACUCCAUAUACAUGAAUCAAGUAACAUAAUUGAUGACUUGCAUGCUAAGAUAGAAGAUUUAAACGUGUCAAUACAAGAAAUGAAAAGUAAUCACACUUCUGUUAUUUCUGAAAAACAGAACAAAGUAGAUACAGUAAAUACAAUUUUAGAGGAGACCCAGAUACUUGUUAAUGAGCAAAAAGUUCAGAUUAAUGACUUACAACAACAGCUAGCCAAGCUUGAACACAUGUCUGAAGAAGAAAGGCAGAAAUGUAAUCAGAUUGUUGAUGAUUUAGAGAAAGUGGCAGAGGGACUUAAUAAUGAUCUCAAGAAAAAUGGUGAAGAAAAAGAGGCUAUACUGACUCAGUUGCACUUGUGCCAAAAUGAUGUCAAGGAUCUGCAGGACAGAUGUAGUGAUCUCAAAGAUAGCAAUUCCAAAUAUGAAGACAAAGCCAAAGACCUAUCAGUAUUAUUGAAGGAGAGAGAUGAAGAUGUUUCAAGGAUUGAAAAAGAGCUGACGUUAUUACGAAGUGCUGUCGAUGAGAAAGAGUUAAAAAUUAAUGCUUUAUUAUCUAGUCAUGAGGAUUUCAAGACAGAAUCCGAAAGCAAAAUAUCAACUAUGGAAGAACAGCUGCAAACUGUUACAGAUAACAUUCAUAUUCUUGAAGAAAAAUCCGAUGCACAAGAAGAUAUUAGUGUCAAACUUUAUGAAGAGAAAAGUGCCUUGUUGAAAAACAUUGAACAGCUACAAACAGACAUUCAGACUAAAGGUGAUUUGAUAGCUGAAAAAGAACUCCAGUUUCAGAAAAUGAUUGAAGAUGUGACAUCAACUACAAGACAAGCAGAGAACACUGCCACUGAACUUAAGGCAAUCAUAGAGAAGAAAGAAGCUGAGCUUGUCAAUAAAACAGCAGAUUUUCAGGAGGUUAAUCAAGCACAUGUCUUAGAGAUUGAGCAUAAGGAGAGGGAAGUUAAAUCUCUGAAGGCAAUCAUAGAAAAGAAAGAAGCUGAGCUUCUUAUUAAAACAGCAGAGUUUCAGGAGGUAAAUAAAGCACAUGUCUUAGAGAUUGAAGAGAAGGAGAGGGAACUUAAAUCUCUUUCAGACACAAUACAGUCUUUAGAAUGUAUUAAUGAAAAACUGAAAUCAGAUUUAAUGGAAACAGAAGCAAGACUUAAAGCUGAAAUCAAGUCUUUGCAAGUAAUGGCUGACACCUCACAAAAAGAAGUUAAAAAUCUUAAAUUAGUGUUAGGUAACAUUUCUGGAGAACAUAAAACUAUGGCAUUAGAAAUGAACCAGAAAAUGACUGAAAUGAUGAAAGAAAUGAAAGAUAUGAAAAUCUGUCAUGAAGAGGCACUAGCAGCAAAGGAUGAACAAAUUCAGGAAAAGACCAAUGAGAGCAUAAAUCUACAGCAGAAUGAUAAAGUUAAAGGUGAAGAAAUGGGGAAACUUGUGGAGAAGAACCAAAAAAUGGAAAAUAUAUUAGAUGAACUUCAAGAUCAGCUAGGAGAGAAAGAGUUUCAACUUGCUUCUACGAAGGAUCAAAAUAUAAGUCUAGAGAAGCUUAACUCAAAACUUGAAGAACACUUGGUGAAACUUGAGCAAGACAUGGACAAAUUGAAUGAAGAAAAAAUCCAACAGAGUGAAGAGCUGAGUCAUUUAGAGGCAAGUCUACUUGAGGUAACAGAAUCUCUACAGAAACUGACUGAAAGUCACGGAGAGGUUCAAGCUGAAAGAGAAAAUUUGCUUGUAAAAAUUACAGAAAAAGAAGAAAUGUUGUCAUCAGUAAUGGCUGAUUAUCAGGUUGUCAAGGACAAGUGUGAUAAUAUGUUGGACACAAAUGAACUGGUUGUUGCAGAAGUUUCUAGCUUACACUUACAAUUAAUUUCAUGUGAAUCUAAACUUAACCAUUCCAUCAAUGAGCUGAAAGAGAAGUCUUUUAAAAUUAAGAAAUUACAAGAAGCUGAGGUCUAUUGGAAAGAAUGCUCAGAAGACCUUUCUGGGGAAAAAGAUGAACUUCAGCAAAGACUCAGUGUAUCAGAAAAUGUGAUCGAAGAUUUGGAGAGUGAGAUGCAAGAUAGGAAUAGCCAAUUGAUCUUACUGCAAUCUGAACAUACAAUGGUUGUUCAGAAAGACAAAAGGAAUGAGGAGGAGAUGGAAAAAUUAAUCGAACAUAACUACAAACUAGAUGCUGAUCUUAAAUUUGCGGAACGAAAGAUUUCUGAAUACACUUUGGAGAAUGAAGGAUUUAUGAAAGAGAUAGAUAAACUCUGUGAAGAAAAAGCUAAACUUGUGGAUGAGUGUGCAGAAUUGAAUAAAAUCAUGUCGAACAAAAAUGAUCUUAUACAGGAUUUGAAAGUGAACGUUGAAUCAUUGCAAGGGGAAAAUGAACUUGCCUUGAAAUCUAACAAGUGUCUAGAAGAACAAAAUUUGAAGCUUUCAAGUAAUGUAGAUAGGCUAAACAUUAUUGUUCAUCAAUCUGAGGAAAAUAUAGAACAUUUGGAAGUGGAAAAAGACAGUAUGAGUCAGGUUAAGCAGAGUCUAGAAACUGAAUUAGCACAGAAAACUGAUCGUAUUGAUCAACUUAUGGAUGAAAAUAGAUCACUGGAUUCAAAGUUGGAUGACCUUAAAACAGAUAAAGAAAAAAUAGUAAAUAUGUUGCACAAAACAGAAGGUGAUUUAGGUACACAGACAGAAACUGUUUCUUUGUUGCAAUCAGAGUGUUCUGCUUUAAAAGAAGAACUUAAAAUGGCAAAAGAGCAAAUUGCUGACCUCCAAGACACCGUGGAUGUUAUGAGUAACCAAGUUAAAGAUACAAGCCUUAAACUGUCUGAAACUGAAGGUCUUGAAGCUGAACAAGCAACAAUAUUGAAAAAAAACUCUUGCAGAAAACGAAAUGCUGAAAUCUCAGUGAAACAAGAAAGAGACUUGAAAAUAGAACUUUUAUCAGAAAAUGUAACUGAUCUUGUCACACAGAUGGACAAAUGCAAUGCACAGAAAGAUGAGAUACAAUCAAAACUAGAUGAUGCAAUUUCUAAUCUUGACAACACUGAAGUUGCAAGAAGUGAUUUAGAAGAGAAAUUGAUAACAACUGAAUCCUUGCUUAAAGAUAGAGAAGACAAACUAACCAGUUUGCAAAUUCAGCAUGACACACUGAGGCAACAUUUUAGUGACCAGUCAUCAUCUUUAAAUGAUUUAGAGAAGGGUUGUGCAGAAAAGGAUGCUCACAUAGAACAGUUGGCAAUGGAAAAGCAGAAAAACCUGCUUCAGAUAUCUAAUAUUGAAAAAGAUUAUGCAGCCUGUGAUGAGCAAUUGCAAGCACAUAAAGAACAGGUGCAAGAAUUCAUUGAAAACAUUGCAUUGCAUGUCCAAAUGAUUGAAGAACUAUCAGAAGAUUUAAAAAUAGAAAAUAAUAAAGUUGUAAAGUUAACUGAAGAGUUAAACAUUUUGAAUGAGCUACUGGAGCAGAAAGAGACAGCCUUAAUUGAUGUUCAAGAAAAGUGUAAUGAAUGGGAAGUAAAGUUUUCGGAAAGUCAUCAACAUAUAGUAAAUAUAGAAAAAGAAAAUGAAGAUAGUUUAAAUCAGCUAGGUGUGCUUCAGGAAGAACUCUCUGAGCUUAAAAUUAAAUGUGAUUCUGUUGACAGUGUGAAUGCUUUAAUGUUAUUACAAAGAAAGAAAAUUGAUAAGAAACUCGCGAGAUACGAAGAGCGCUUUGAUGAAGCCACCAUGAAAGAACUUGAAUUAAAGGGGAUCAUUGACAGUUUCUCAAAGGAUAUUGAGGAAGUAACAAACUCUAAUGCAUCUCUGAAAAACAUUGAUUUCACAAACAGUCAAAAUGAUAGUGAGUUAGAUGUUAAAAGGAAUGAAUUGGUAAAGGAAAAUUCCAAUUUGAAAUCAGAAAUUGAGAAAAUGAAGGAUGAAGUAAAGAAACUGUUAGACACAGAAGACAAAUUAAUGAGUGAAAAUGAGAAAAUACUUCAUGAUAUCAAUGUUUUGAAAUCCAGUAGAGUGGAUAUUGAAAAAAAUGUUGAGUGUUUAAAAUCCCAGAAAGAGGAAUUUGAGAGUCAGUUGCUAGAACAAUAUCAGUGGGUUACAGAGCUGAGAAACAAAUGUGAGACCAAAGAAAAGGCAAUUGCGGAUAAAGACAAGAAACUGUUUGACUUGGACAAACAAAACGUUAUGAUUUCUAGUCAGAUGCGAGAACUUCAAUCGCAAUACAAAAGCCAUUUGUCUAAAUUUGAUGACAAAGAAAAAGAAAUAGAAAAUCUCUUGAAACUGAAACAGAGUUUGGAAGAAACAAUCAGGGAAAAGGGGUUAGAAAUUGAGGAUCUGGUGAUUAGACACAAGGCUGAAAAGGAACUUAGUGAUGGAAUUAAUGCAGAAAUGAUUGAAAGGAGUGAUAAGUUAGAGGACUUAGCUAAAGAAAACUAUAAUCUCAAAGUUCAACUAAAAAAUGCAGAAGUUAAAUCUUUGGCUGUUAUUGUUGGACUAGAAACAGAAAUAGAUUCUUUGAAUAUUCAAAUGCAAGAUCUUAAAGACCAACAUGCAGAGGAAAUCAAAAAGCUUGAAGCUAUUAUCGAUGAUUGCAAUAUUGUAAAGGCUGACAUUAAGGGGUUAGAGACAACAGUUAAUGAAAGCUUGGAAAAAAGCUCUGUCCAUGAAGGUGAUUUAGAAAAAGAAGUGAAAGAAUUGUUACAACAAAUUGAUAUGAAAGAUGAAGAAAUUGAAAAUAUGAAGAAUAAAAUAGAUGAACUGAAAAACCAGCAAAACAGUAGUGAUAACACUGGACCGGAUGCAGGAGAAAAGGAUGAACAUAUUGCUGAUUUAGAAGAGGAAGUUGAAGAUUUAAAGAAAAUAAAUGACAAACUCAAUGAUGUUUUAGAAAUAUCACAAAAUGAUAGAAACAUUUCCGAAAAAGCAAUAUCUGAUGUUAAAGCAGAAAGUGAAAGAAUAAGUCUGUAUAGUCAGGAAUGUGAAAGAAAAAUUGAAGAUCUUUUAUCAACAAUGAAAGACAUAACGGAUCGGUCAAAGGAACUAGAAGAAAAGAAUUGCAGUCUUCAAAGUAACAAUGAUUGUUUGCUCAAGGAAAACAAUGCCCUUCAAGAGAGUGCUCUGAAAUUGAAAGAUCAAAAUGGUGUCCUGUGUGAGGAUUUGAAAACCAUCUCAGAAGAAGCUGGUUCGGACAAGUCUGUUCUAUCACACAUGAUGCUGGAAUUCAAUGGUCUGAAGAAAACAUUUGAAGGAUUAGUUGACAAAGUAAUAGAGAAAGAUGGGCAAUUAAAUGAAAAUGAAAAACAGCUUGAGACUCUUUUACAAGUUAAGUAUGAUUGUGAGACAGAAAUCCAGAUAUUAAUAGCAAACUGUGAUGAAAAAGAUGCAGAAAUUGACAGACAGGAGAAACUGCUAACUGAAAAUAGCACAACACUUCAACAGCUUCAAGAAAAAAUAGGUACUAAAGGAAAUUCAAAUGAACAGUGGCAAAAGCAAAUGGAGAAAGACUUGAAAGAAAGAGAUCUACAAAUUGAAUAUGUCCUACAAAGCUCAGGUUGCAUGACUGAAACUAUUGAAUGUAAAAAUGAAGAAAUUGCAGCAUUAAAGAAAGAGAUUGCAGAAAAAUCAGAAGAAAUAAGCAAACUGUCAGAGCUUUUAUCGGAAAAUGAAGUGAAAUUAACAAAGCUGGAGCAAGAACUCAGGGAAGGUAAUGAGGAAAAAGAAAGUAUACAGAGAGAGCUUAAGGAAGUUAAUGGGGAAAAAGAAAGUAUGAUAACAGAAGAAAAUGAAAAGGUAGAAGAGAUAGGGCAAUUAAGGGCUAAAAUUGAUGAAGCACAAAACAGUGCUCAAAUGAAGAUUUCACAGAAGGAAAGAGAUUUAGACGAAAUGAGAAUCAUCUUGUCAGAAAAGGAACUGGAAAUAACAGAUCUGUCCAAUUGUUUAUCACGACACCAAGAUGAUCUCUUAUCAAGUAAACAGUUACUUGCAGAGAAAGAUGAGGAAAUUACUAAACUGAACUCAACUGUUUCCACUCUAAAUGAAGAAUGUAUAGUUAUGACGGAACAAAUGUGGCAAAAGGACAAAGAAAGCGUGCAAAUGUAUGAAGCAAUAGCUGAAAAAGAUUCAGAAGCCAAAAUGAGAUCCAAUGAAAUACAAGACAUUAAAUCUCAGUAUGAAUGUAAAAUAUGUAUUGUACAGGAGGAGUUAUGCAAGAGAAAUGAUUUGCUGAUGUCUGAAAUUUCAUGCUAUAGGAAAUCACUUCUGCAAGCAAAGGAGCACACUGGUGAACUAGAGGAAAAAUUAUGUGUUCAGGAGGAAGUUGAGACUAUCAAAGCUGAUCUUCAAAAUGAACAGCAGAAAGUAUCUACACUUGAGGAAAAACUGGCCAAUGCAGAGCAGAACCUUUGUGUAAGUGAAACAGUCAAUCAACAACUUAAUGACAAUAUUAAGACUUUAACUGAUGAGAUAGAAGAGAAAACUUUGGCACUUGAUUCAUUGCAGGAAAAUAUUCAGACAGCUGAAAUGACCAAUGUAACGUUAUCUAAAGAGAAAGAAUUGCUUGAAAAUUCUCUGUCCUCUUUAAAAGAACUUGCUGGCUCUGAAAAUGCUGAUUUAGAGAACUUACAAACUCAACUAACAAUUGCCACAGAAAAAGUGAAUGAAUUAUUGGAGGUCAGGUCAUCUUUACAAGCAUCUUUAGCUAAGCAGGCAAUGACUUUUCAAGAAGAAAAGAAAAAGAGUGAAAACCUACAGUCUGAGUUAACCUCACUGCUAAAUGAGAUUGCAGAUUUGAAAAUGUCACUUGAGGGAAUGACUGAUAAUGAAGAACUGAUCAUUCAGGCUAAGAAAUUGCUUGAAGUGAAGUUGGCAGAAAGUAAAAAGGAAGUAGAUUUACUCACCGAUGAAGUUGAAGAAUUGAAAAAAUUAGUACAAGAAAAUGCUGCUUCUCUUGAUCAAGUCAGGCAAGAACAGAAUGAAGAAAUUGCAAAAUUUAAAACUAAAUUGAAUGAAAAAGAGAAAACUUUGAAUGAAAUGAAAAAUUCAGAAGGGACCCCAUUGGAUCCAGAUUCUGAUUUCAAAGAUUAUUGUGAUAAACUUGAAACAGACAAAAAACAGUUGCAGUCACAAGUUGCUUCUUUGCAGAACCAAUUAACGAAAAAGGAAGCAAAAGUUAAAUCACUUUUGAAACAAACAGAAAACAUUGAAAGACCUACAGUUUCAGAUUUAAUGGAGUAUGAAAAAGAGGCUCCUGUUUUACAAACUCCAAAGGUUAUGGGAGAAAAUGUCACAUUUGAUGCAAAAGACAAUAUACUUGGGCAAAUUAUUCCCAUGGAAUCUUCGAGUCUGAAUUCAUCUUUCUCAUCUAUGACCUCAGAGAAAGAAAUUUUUGAAACACAUCCUGAACACAAUGAACUUGCUGAAAAGUUAAGACUUGUCACGGAGGAGAGAAAUAAAUACAAGCAAGAUAAUAAGAAACUCCUGAAAUUAGGUAAGGGUAAAGAUGCAAAGCUUAGAAUUAUGAAUGAGAACUUUGAGGAAUUAAGGAAAGAACGAGACGCACUGCUAGCGGACAGAGAUACACUAGACAACAAAGUACAUGAUCUAAGUUCAAAUUUUAUGAGUGAUUAUGAUGCUGCUUCAAGUGUACAAAUCCAAGUCAGGUCGGCUGAGUUGGAAACGCUUUGUAAUCAAAAAGAUACUGAAAUAAGGACUCUAAGAGAGGGAAUGGAAAAAAGGCAAGAAGUCAGGACACAUGAUAAAAACGCUACAGAGUUGACAAUUCUUAGCAAAGAAAAUGAAAAACUUAAAACUGAAACUGCAAAAUUGCAGAUGAUUGACAAAGGAAAAAGUGCCAAAAUUAAGCAGAUAAAUGAAAGCUUUGAACACAAGUUGGAAGAAAAAUCAUUUGAAAUCAAACAGAAAAUGGACCAAAUAGCAAACAUUGAAGCUUUACUUGGCGAAGAAAAGAAGUUAGUUGAAACUAUGCAGGUUGAGAAAGAGAAGUUAGUUGCGGAACAAUUGAAGUUACAAAAGAUAAAUAGAGGAAAAGAAGCAAAACUUAAGAAAAUGGAAGAAUGUGUGACAGAAAAGGACCAAGAAAUAUCGAUGAAGGAUUCAGAAAAUAAAACAUUACAUGAAAAGAUUUCGGAGCUUAAUACUGUUAUUGAAACUUUAAACUUAAGAGAACUUGAGCUUCAACAAGAUGUAGACACUGCUAGAGCAAACAUAAAACAAUGGGAAACUAAAUGUUCACAGCUAGAAGUAAAAGUUCAGGAACUAGAGGAGACUGUGAAAGACAAAGAUACAGAUAUCAGUGACUUGAAUGAAAAUGAAUCACUGCUGAAAAAACUGAAAGAGGAAAAAAUCAUUCUUGAGUUUGAACUUGAUUGUGCAAAAGAAGAAUUGGAGAAGCUAAGGGGAAAUAUAGAUGAAGAAGUUCUAAAGAUUAAGGACCUGUCAGGGGACCUUGAAAAUGUUGUGCAAGAAAGAGAAACAAAAUCAGAGCAAGUUGCAUCUAUGGAGAGAAGCCUGAGUGAUUCAGGCGAAGAUCCUAAAAGUGAAGAAAUUUCAGAGGACAGUGUAACUGGGCUUCAUAUGUCAGGUACAGAUAUGAAGAAAAAACUUGCCACUUUGAGUCAUGAGAAUAAACAAUUAAUGCAGGAGAAGACAAAGUUACAAAUGCUUGGAAAAGGCAAAGAUGCAAAAGUCAAGAAAAUGGAGGAAUAUGUUAAAGAACAGCAAAAUAUUAUAUCUGAAAAAGAAACAGAUAUACUUAUAUUACAAGAAAGUGUAAAAGAAUUGCAUUCCAAAGUUGAUGUCUUAGAUGAGAUAGAGCAUGACUUACAGUAUAAGUUUGAUAAUGCCAUCGCUGAUGUUGAUGAAUGGAGGGACCAUUGCCAUGAUUUAGAGGAUCAGCUUGAUGCAGCACAUGAAGCCCUUGAUCAAAAGACCAUAGAAAUCUAUAGAUUAGAAGAUGAUCUUGAUGCCAGUAGAAAUGAAAUUGAAUCACUUUGUGUAGAAAGGGAUGAGAUGGAGAGACAGAGGGACAAACUUCAAGAAGAACUUGGCAGCGUUCAGAAAAAAGUAGAUCUGAAGAAUGAGGAAGCUGAACACUUGUCAAAUCAAAUUGAUAGAAUCCAAGAAGAAAAGGAAUCAUUAGAAGCAGAAAUAAAGAAGUUACAUAAAGUCAGUAAAGGUAAAGAAACAAAGAUUAAGAGACUUGAAGAGAUGUUUUCUGCUCAUGAAAACAAUGCAGAACAGUCCAAAUCAUUUAUUUCUCAACUACAAACUGAGGUCAGUUCAUUAAAUGCUAGCUUAAAUGAAUCCCAGAGUCAGUACCAUGAUGCUUCAUCUAGACUUAGCUCAGAUGAAAACUUUAUCAGCUCACUAAAGCAGCGGAUUUCAGAAUUGACAGAGGAAUUUAAUAUUUCAAGAUGUGACUUAGAUAAUCAAAAGGAGAUGUACAAGGUGCAGCUGGAGGAGCUGCAAACAGACCUAGAUGAUUUAAUGGUGAUGAGGACCAAUCUGGAAGCCAGUCUUUCAGAAAAAAAUCGACUCAUUGAAGGAAAAGAUGAAGAAAUACAGAAAUUGACUGAAGAAGUAAGUCAUUUGAAAUCAGGCAUUUCUUCACUUGAAAUGCAGGUAGCUGAGAAUAGUGAAUUGUAUAAACAGAUGUCAGAAAUUUCCCAAGCUUGGGAGAGUAGGUGUAUGGGAUUUGAUGAGGCAUAUGCAGCACUUCAACAAACUUUGCAAGAGAAGGAUACUCAGAUUUCAGUUCUAAAAAACAAUAUUGAUAAUAUCGAACAAGACCUGGUAUGUAAAGGCAUGGAAAUGAGUGAUUUGCAGGAAAAGCAUGCUAAUGUCUCUAGUAAAUGUGAAGCGUUAGUAGAAGAAAUAAAGAGUAAGGAAUUGGAACAUAAAGCUGUUGUUGAAGAAAUGGAUAAAGUUACAUCUGAUUGGAAAGAGAGCAAUGAACUCGUCAAUACCUUGCAGAGGAGAUCAGAUUCAUUAGAAAAGCAGUUUGAGGAAACAAUUUCACAACUACAAACCAAAGAUGUCCAGUUGCAAUCUUUACAGAAAGCUUUGAGAGAAACUGGGGAAAAUAUUGAAGAUUAUAAAGAGAACAUUCAGAAACAAGACAUGGAGAUUAGAACAUUAAAAGAUUUCAUUGAGCAUUCUGAAUUCUCAGACAAAGAAUUGCAAGAAAGAUACAAAACUGAAAUUGAUUCUUUAAGAGAGACCAUGAGAAAACAAGAAAAUGAUAUUGAGACUUUCAGGGUAGAAAAUAAGGAAUUGCUUGAUUAUAAGCAACACUAUUUGGAUAAAGAAAGAAAACUUACAGAGCAGGAAACGUAUAUCAAAGAUCUCCAAGAACAACAGUUAGAGCAAGAGAUGAAACUUUCACAACAAGAAAUAAAACUGAAAGACCAAAUUGAUAGAAUGUCAGAACAAGAAACAACACUUAAUGAACAGACAUCAAAGCUACAGAAACUAGAAGAUGUGCAGAACAAAAAUAAAACAAUUUUGAAAGAAAGAGAAGUGCAAAUUGUGGAACUAGAAUCCAAAGUUACUGAAAGUAAAUCAGAAAUAGAGCAGUUGACAAGUGACAGAAACAAUAUGCAGCAAGAACUUUCUUGGUAUUACCAAUACUAUAAUGACACACAGACAAAAUUAUCAGAAAAUGAACAGUCUCUUUCUUCUCUACAAUCAGAAUUCCAGGAAAUUGUAUCCCUCAAAACAGAAAAUAAACAGGCAUUGCUUGAUCUACAGACAGAUUUGGAUUUGAAAGUAAAAUCAUUGAAGGAUUCUGAAGAAAAGCUGCAUCACAUGCAAGGUAAAUAUGAAACGGAGAAAAAGACAAGGGAGGACAAUGAGCAUUUAGUUACAAACUUACAAAAAGAAGUAGAUAUGCUCCAUGGAAAAGUGUUAGAAACUAACAAAGCUUUGGAUGGUCUUAGAUCAGAAUCAUUAAGAAUGGAAACAGAGUUCACAGAUCUUCAAAAGAAAUACCAAGUUUCUUGCACUUUGGUAGAAAAACUUCAAUCAGAAAGUCAAACUACACAGCUAUCACAGUCUGAAAAGGAUAGCCUGAUACAAAACUUACAAGCACAGUUAGAGAGCAUUCAAAGCCUAGGGGCAGAGCAAGAGCAAACACUUACAUUACUUAGAAAUGAAAAUAGCGAGCUCCAACAGUCUGUUCAAAAGAAGGAGUCAGAGUUCCUAGCUGCUCAAGAAAAAGAAUAUAGGCUUUCAGAAGAAAAAGUUAGUUAUAUAAAGUACCAAUAUGAAGAAGAAAAGAAUGUUUUGAAACAACAAAUUGAAUCACUACAAGAUACUGAAGAAAGAUCAAAAGAGUCUUUGAUGCUGAAGCAAAAAAUGGUAGAUGAUUUAGAAAAAGAAGUAUUUGCUCUGAAAAAUUUCGAAAAAAGUAAAGAAACACCUUUUGUGGAAAAAACAUUGUUUGCUCCAGAAAUUGUGAAAACUGUCUCCAAUGUGCAAGGUGCAUCUGCUUCACUACACCAGAAUAAUGCACAUGCACCAGAUAUAUGUGAAAUUGAAUCUCAAAUAAUACCAAGCCAGGUAAAAACGACUGAAACACAGGGACUGCAGAAUAACGAAAGUGUCACAGAAAAGAAAGACCAGGUUGAAGUAGAGCCCGAUCUUCAAGCAGAAUUGAAGAAAUUAAAGAAGUUGUGCAAAGGAAAAGAUGCCAGAAUAAAGAAACUUGAAGAAAAAAUUAAAAAUGUUAGCUCUAGCUCAAAGGAUCAUGACAGAGACUCAAGUGAAACAGUUUCAAGGCUUGAAAAUAGUUUAAUUGAAACACAGAGGGAUAGAGAAGCAUAUGUUGCAGAAAAUGAUCAGUUGAAGGAGUUGAACAGGCAGUUGCAAGAGGAAAUAAACAGACUGCAAUCAGAAGUGGCAGACACACACAGUCAUGAAGAGUCAACAAGGAUGCAUUUACAGGAAAUCAGUGAAAAUUAUCAAGUCCAACAACAAGAGCUGGAGCAAAAGAAGUCUGAAUGUGCUGAUUUAACAAGCCAGUUGCAGCAUUAUCACAGCAGUUAUCAAUCUCUUCAAGAAAUGUCAAAAGAGACUGAGGUUAACUUGAAACUCAGCUUGAAUACUUUACAAAGUGAGGUCACUGAUGUGAAAACUAGUUAUGAUGAAUUGAAUAACAAAUAUCAAAUGCUGCAUCAUCAAAACACGGAGAAGGAACAAGUUUCACAUUCUAAAGAUGAAGAAAUGCAUGACCUUAAGGGCUUAUUGAAAGAGAAGCUUACUGAAAUAGAAGACUUGAAAAAGACAAUCUCACUUUUACAACAAUCUGGAGAAGGUGUAGAGACUGAAAAGGAGAGAUUUGAAGAACUUCUGAAAAAUGAAAGAGAAGAAAUUCAAUCAUUAUAUGAACAAAUGAACCAGUUAGUGUCUGAAAAAUUGGACUUGGAGAUGAAUUUAGAGCAAAAGGAACGUGAUUUAAAGAAAGCUGCUGGUGAAUUAAGGCAAUUUGCGAAAGACCGAGAUCAAAUGGAUGAGAUAAUUGAAAAAUGUGGUAAUUUAGAGACUGAAAACAAGACGUUGGAAAGAGAUGUUGGUGAAUUAAGGAAAAGAAUAAAUGAAAAAACUGAAGUUUUGAAACAAAUGGAAGAUCUUGUAGCAGAAAAGAAUACUGAUAUAGACUCCAUGCAAGAAGAGCUUGACUUGACACAGAAUAAAGUUGGUGAAUUAGAACAGGCAAUGGAAAUUUAUACGUCGCAAAUAGGUGAAUUAAAUGAGCGAAAGGAAAUUCUUGAACAAAAAUUAAUGUCUAAAAAGGAAGCCUGUUUAAAACUAAAUGGCAUGUGUGAAGAAAAGGAUCAUUUGAUUAGUUCUUUGAGAGAGUCUGUAAAUGAAGCCAACAAUGAACUUAUUUCAUACAAAAAGCAGUGUUCAAACUUAUCAGAUGAAAUCCAACUUUACAAAGAAGAAUUGCAAACACAGAAAUUAACUGAUGAAGAUACAUACAAUAAGAAGAUUUCAGAACUAGAAACAGUGUGUACGGAUUUGAGAAAAGUUAUUGAAGAAAAGGACAUGUCACUGGAAGAGACAUCUACCAUUUUGCAGACAAGAGAAAGUGAGGUGAAGUCUCUAAAACUAAAACUUGAUGAAAACCAAACAAGCAGACAACUUGGACCUGUCAAAGCAUCUGAUAUUGUGGGAGACAAUGAUAAUAGCAUUGAAGAUCACUCUAAGGAUGAUAAGGUUUCAUCAGUGGAACAGAAAGAGUUGCAAGAGAAGGUUCUAGCAUUGAAGCAGGAACUGGAAUCAUUGAACAAUCAACUGACUUCCAUGGAACAUGAAAGAGCAGAGAAGGAUGCCAUAUUGGAAAAGUUUGAAAAGACUGUGAAACAAAAAGAUGAGAAGGUAGCUUUCCUAUUGGAGAACAUGCAGGAAAUGGAAGAAAGACUUACCCAGUUGGCAAAUGAAGAGGGUAAUGGUGGCGGUACUGCAGAUGCCAGAGUUCAGGAAUUGGAGAAGGAGGUUGAGAAUCUGAAGAAAUUGGUGACUGAGAAAGAAGUGAGAUUUACAAAAGCCCUUGCUACAGCUAAGAAAAUAAAAAUACAGCUAAAUGAGACGAAAGUUAAGUUAGAAAAGGAACUAAAAGAAAAGGAAGAGUUACAGAAACGAAUUGAAAGUGUUAAAGAUGCUCCUGCCUCAGGUUUUACACAGUCACAAGCUUCAGGAGACAUAGUCCCUGAAUCGACCCAGACUUUGGAGACAGAAAGUGUACAAAAAAGUGUUCAGAAUGAAGAAAUGGUUCAAAUGGUGAAGAGUGUGCAGGACUUGCAGACCCAGUGUCAGACGUAUGCAGAGUUCUGCCAGCAGCUGCAGGGCCAGAUACAAACUUUGACAGAAUCUCAACAUACCUCAGAAACAAUGAAAAAGCAGGUAGAAGAGAGACUUCAACAGUUAAUAGUUGAGCAGCAGACAUAUGAUGAGACCAUUAAAAGCAAAGAAGUUAUCAUAGAAACUCUGGAACAUGAUGUGUCUGAGUUAAGACAAUCUUUAAAACAUUUAAAUGCUUCUGUAGAAGAGAAACAAGAAAUGAAUUCUGUAUUGCAAGAAGAUUUACAGGAGAAGACUGAAGCAUAUAAUAACUUGAGACAGGAACUUCUUCAGGUUCAGAGCCCUAGUGAGGAGGUACAAUCACAGUUAAGACAUUUAGAGUCUAAGGUUGAAUCACUUAAUGGUGAAAUUUAUGAUCUUACAGAAGUCAAAACAGGUCAAACAGAGGAACUUUCAGAAAAAGAAAAUCAGUUAAAAAAUUUGACUGAUCAAAAUAAUUCGUAUGAAAAUACUAUACAGAUGCUUCAACAGGAGUUACAGAUGCUUCAACAGGAGUUAAAGUCAACUUUAACAGAAAAUAAUGCAUUUGCGGAAGAGAUGAAAAAGAUGAGUCAGGAAAAUGAAGAAUUGUCAAUGAAACUUCAUGAGCACAACAUGGUAGUUGAAAAUAAUAUUCGUCUUUCCUCUGAAGUUGAAGAAGUUAAAGAGCUUAUAGAGAAUAAAGAAGAUAUUAUUCAGAAAUUGUCAGAAGAAUUGCAGAGUGUGAGGAGCUCAACCAUAAUGUCAGAAGAGUUGAUGAUUCAGUUAAAUGAGAAAGACACACAGAUUGCUCAGUUAAAUCAAACAAUUGAAGACAUGGGUCAUGCUGAGACGGACAAAGAGGAGAAGAGUAAAAAACUAAUGGAACAGUACACCUACAAGUCAAAUAUGUUAGAACAGGUACAGGAAGAACUGUCAACAUCAAAAGAAAAUGUGAUAGAUCUGACAAAGAAAUUAGAAUUUUUAGAAAACGAAAAACAUGAGAAGGAAGAUGCUGUCCAGUUUCUUGAAGAGAAUGUGGGGAAAUUAAAAGCAGAUAUUGAUAUUAUGCAAGAUAAUGACAAAUCACAUGUUCUCACUGAGCAGGUCCUGGAAUUGAAGUCCAAACUUACAGAGCUUAUUGAACAGAAUAAAACUCUUGUAAGUGACAUUGACAAAAAGCAGCAUGAAAUUGACAAUCUUUCUUUGCAAAAUGAAACAGAUAAAAAUUUAUCUGCAGAAGUAAACAGAUCCCAGUCAGAAGACAGAGAACUUAUUGAAAACCUACAGAGUGAAAAUGCAAGCAUUAAGGAGAAAAUAGGAGAACUUAUUACUUCAGAAGUAACGUUAAGAGCACAGAUUGAUCUUGCUAGAAGUGAACUUUCUGAUAUAAAUGAAAGCAAUGACUCCUUCAAGCAGAUAGUUGAAGAGACGCAGAAUGAAAACAUUGAUCUUAAAUCAAAGGUAUCACACUAUGAAGCACUAUUGAAAGACAAGGAACAUUCACUUUCAGAAUUGUUAAAUGAAAUACAAACCACAAAUAGCCAACAACCCCAAGAUAAAAGCAGUCAGAAAGAACUGCUAGAGAAUGAAUUGAGAUCAUUAACAACAGAAAUUGAAAUUAUUAAGUUAGAAAAGCAAAACUUGUUUGAAGAUAUCAGUUCAAUGCAAGAUGAAAAUGAAUCUUUGAAGAAAACACUGGAUGAAAUGAAAACAGAAAAAAUAGCUUUUGAAGCAAGAGAUGCUGAAUUUAAUGAAAGACUUGUUGAGCUUUCUUCAAUCCUCACUGAGAGAAAACAACAGAUUGACAUGCUUCAGGAAGUAAUACAACAAUCAAGUGCAGACAAUGAGAAAUUCAAGCAGGAACUUGCUACUGUUACUCCUCUUCUUGAUGAAUCUGCAGAUGUUAACUCAAAACUGCAAGCAGAAAUGGACUUGAUGCAAAUUAAGUUCACAGAACUUCACACUGAAUACCAAGCUUUAACAGAAACCAACAAGGAGAUACUAGAACAGAACAUUGUGCUGAAGGAAGAGCUUCAGAAUUUAUCAAAAGGAAAAUUAUAUCCGUCAUCAGAAACGAAAGACGAAAAUACCUCUGAAUUACCCGUUGCUGAAGAAAUGCCUAUUGUAGAGGAAUUGGUCCAGCAAGAAACAUCAGUUCCUUUGCAUCAACCUGCUCCAGGACAUGAAACAAAACAAGCUUAUGAAAGUAUCCAUGUGAAUGAUGCAGCUGAACAUCAAAGACUGCAAGAGGAAAUUGCAACCAUGAAGCAAACAUGUAAUACAAUGUCUGAGGAAAAUGCCUCAUUGAAAAAGAAAAAUGAUGUUUUACAGGCAAAGUUUGAAAAGAUGCUGGCUAAAUUAAAGGCAUUCAAAGAAAAGAAUGAGCAUUAUCAAAGUGAAAUAGCUUUAUUAAACCAGAAAUUGGUUUCCAAUGAAAGGGCAGAGACAAAUGAAAUGGGGCACCUUGAACAUAAAUGUGAAAUGUUGCAAGAAACAGCAAGUAGUCUUGAAAUGAAACUGAAAGAAGAAACAGACAUCAUAAAUGAUCUCAAGUGUUCAAAUGCAAGUCUUUCAAAAGACAAAAGCCUGCUAGAAAAAGAUAUCAAAAAAUUUAAAGAAGCGAAUAAUGCGUUAGUAAAUGAAAAAGAAAAACUAGCUCUUGAAAUGGAAAAACUAGCAGCCAACUCUUCAGAGGAAGUAGGUAAACUAAGACUUGCUUAUGCUACAGCUCAAAAUAAAAAUAUAGAACUUCUAGAAGAAAUUGAUGGCAUGAAAUCCACUGUUUCAGACUUGAAAGAUAAUACUGUGGAUUUAACAAAGCAGAAUGAAUGUCUUGAAGAUCAGAUGGCAAGUCUUGUUGCAGAAACAUUUGAAAGAAAAUCAACUGCCACAGAUCAGGAGAAACUUAUUGCUGAAUUUAAAAAUCAAUUGCUAGAUUUAAAUUCACAAGUUGAAGAGGCAGUCGCAAAAGAAUCCAUGGCUCAAAGACAAGUUUUGGACAUGAAAGAACAGUUUAGUAUGCUUGAACAAGAUAAUGAAAGCUACCAAGCUAUUGUUCAGCAAAUGAAAAAUGCUAACAAUGAAAUCAAUCAAGAAAAUAUCCAAAGAAAGAUGAAAAUAGAAAAUCUAGAAGCGGAACUCAAAAGUUUGCAUGUCAAUAAUGAAAGAAUUGAACAAUUGCAGAAAGAUUUAGAGCAAGUUCAAAGUGAAAAGGAAUUUGUUGAAGGUAAACUAAAAGAAUCUAAUCAAAUUACAGAUCAAUUUGCUAAACUUGAAAAAGAGUUGAAGGAAUCAGAAACGGAAAAGGGUUAUUUGGAAGAAGAGAUGGAUGGCUUGCGAGAAGACUUAAUUCAGCUUAAAAAGGAAGCCAGUGAAGUUACCACUGAAUACAAGCAGACAGUUGAAAAUCUUCAUGCAGUAAGUUCUCAAUAUGAAGUUCAGAAACAUGAAAUUGAUAGCUUGAAUUGGAAAUUAGCUGAAAUGCAAAGUAUAGAGGAAGAGCUGGCAAAUGAACGAAAGGAAAAAGAAAACCUUCAUAAAUCAAACAAAGAUCUAGAAAAUGAAUUGCAAAGAUCCAGUAAAGAGAUUGAUCAGCUCAGGCAGCAGAUUCAUGAGUUAGAAACAACAGUGGAAGAGCUGAAGAAUAAAUCUGAUAUUUUAACGGAAAAGGAAACACUUCUUAACGAAUCAAGAAGUGAAAUAGAAAAGGUUAAUGAAAGUUUAGAUAAAAAAGAUAGUGUAAUCAGAGAAUUGCAAUCCCAAGUACUGUUAUUAACUUCAAAAGACUCAGAACUGGAAAAGUCAAUAACAGAACACAAAGAAAAGGAUGAAAUUCUAGAUGGCUUGAAAUAUCAGAUGGAAGAACAGCAAAGUGCUGCGAUCGACAGAAUUCAUGCCCUUGAAACUGAAUGUAAGUCUGUUAAAGCAGAUCUUGAAAUCUCAAGAGCAGAAAAUGUCUCCGUUAAGAAGCAGUUGGAGAAGACAAAUAAACAGAUUCUGAAAUUUGAUGCCUUGAAAACAGAAUUUGAGUCAUUGAGUGAUGAAUACAACAAAGUUAUUACAGAUAAUAGUGGACUUGCUAAGCAGAUUGAAGACCUUCAUUCUAAACUCAAGGAAUUUACCAAAUCUACUGAUAAAGAAACUUCAAUAGCUGAAAGAGCUCACCUUGAGAAGACAAGAAAUACAUUUGCAGACAGAGUUGAACAACUGGAAAAAGAGUGCUCAGAACUUCGUUCACAGAAUGCAAAAUUACAAGAAUCGAAAACAACCAUAGAACAUUCUUUACAGAAGGUAGAGUUUGAAAGAGAUGCCCUUAAAGCACAGGGUCAAGCUCUUGCAAAUGGAGACAAGUCCAUAAGUUUCCACAAUGACUAUGCGAAGCUGCAGCACCAGUUUAACCAGGCAAUACAACAGAAGACGAAGCUUCAGUUGGACCUGAACAUGGCCCAGCAUGGAUCAAAACAGCGGGAAGCCAGGUGUCAACAGUUAGCCAUGCAGGUGAGCCAGCUAGCUGAGGACCGUAGUUUCCUGAACUUUCAGCUUGCUUCCCUGUCCAAGUCCCUACGAGAGAAGGAACAGGAGUUACCCUUUGUCCAGAAGGAAUAUCGGGCUCUCCGGCAGCAGUACACCGCACUUCAGGCUAAGGUACGAGAGUUAGAGACCCGACUGUUGACCUCCUACAUCCAGCCCUCUCCUGCCCCCUCGUCCGGCUCAGUGACCCCCGUGGAGGAACGACCAACCAGGUCAUAUGAACUCAGGAAAAAGUUGGAGGCUACAGUGUCAGAGCAUCAGCGACUGGCUCAGAGUAACGCAGAACUGGAAGAGAAAACACGCCAACUGGAACAGGUGCUUGAGAUCACGCUGGGUGAAAGGCUCGGAGAACAGGAGUUCAAGGAGUUGGACACAGAUGGUCGAAUGAGAGACGUCCAACUCACCCGUGAUGAAAACAGCAGUUACCUUGGCCGCCUUCAGCGCUGGAUGAGCUUACAAUCGGCUGAGCCUCCUGCCCAUGUUGAAAGACCUGUACAGUGAAUGUGAUGCUAGAUAUACCUACAGUGUAAGACCUACAGUGGACAAUUUCAGUACAGUGAAUGUGAUGUAAGAUAUACCUAUAGUGGAAAAUUUCAGUACAGUGAAUAUGGUGUACCUACUACAGUGGACAAUUUCAGUACAGUCAAUGUGAUGUAAGAUAUACCUACAGUGUACAAUUUCAGUACAGUGAAUAUGGUGUACCUACUACAGUGGACAAUUUCGACCAGUACAGUGAAUAUGAUGUAAGUUAUACCUACAGUGGACAAUUUUGACGCAGAGUCAACUGUAUUAUGUUGAUCAGAAAUCUACGACCAAUAAUUUUGACCGUGAAGUCAACUAUAUUAUGUUAAUCGGGGAACAACACUGGACCUAAACUGUUGAGCCGGAAGUUUCGGGCAGUACAGUAUAUGGAUUGGGAAAAAUCUAUGAGGAUUACAAAAUGUGAGCCCUGAGAAAGCAAGAUGUAUUAGACUAUCUGUAACGAUUCCAGGGUUCAUAUGAGGAGAAAGUAUAAAACCGAUACAGUUUGGUACUGACAACAGUGACAUGCAUUUAUCUGAGUUUUUUUCACAUAAGAUGAGGCUUAAUCAUGAGUUUUCUGCAUGGUUGCAGAAUGUUUGUGUUCAUAUAGUGUUUGUAGGCUUUUAUAGACAUGAAGUCCCACGAAGAAUGUUUUAUGAUGUACAUAAUGUGUUAGUGCUCUUCUGUAUGUUUUAUUAUGAUAGAUUUUCGGACAUAUAUGUGCAUGUCUUUGUAUAAGGGGAUAGUUUUUCUGACAUAUAUGUGGAUGACUUUGUGUUUGGGGAUAGAUUUUCGAACAUAUAUGUGCAUGACUUUGUAUUCGGGGAUUUAUAAAAGUCUUCACUUCUAGAAAUGUUAUUUUAUUGCAAUGUAUUUAAUAAUGCUUUAAUGGAAACUAGGCCUUAUUUGCUAGAAAUUGGUGUAAUGAUAGUUAGUUUGGUAAAAAUGUAUUUUCUAAAUAGAAGUUUUGGCAUGGCGCAAUACAUUCCCAUAUUUAUUUCAAAGAUGUAUAUAUCAAUAUUGCAGUUUUAUAAUUUAUACAGUCAUGUAUCUAAGAAAGUAUGUCAAUGGAAAUAUAAGACUGUGUUUUGUAAAUAUCGGAUUCAGUUGCCCAUUCCAUAGUGGUUACAUAAUGUUAUGUUUACUAGUAUUUGUUUUCGUUAAAAUGUUAAGUAUGAUGAAAUUGUUAUUUAUUCAUAAAUAGUAAAACUAAUAUAUUUCUGAUCAUUGUAAAUAGAAUUAGUUUGGGUUGUUCAUGUAUAUAUCAUUAAGCUGGUUGUGUAAAACAUAUCAUGUCACGCCACAUUUUAUAUUGCAUGGCCAUUUAAAAAGCUGCACUUUCACAGAUUGAGAGUUUUGACAUUUUUUCAAAUUUUAUCUCGGAAUCAGCUGAUUUUCGCAUCAGUACCUUCAAUGAAGUUGUAUGAGAUGACUCACAAUAGAACAUAUCUAAAUUGUUCGAAAUACAGCUGAAAAUUUCAAUUUUCUUUAAGCGUUAUUAACGCUUUAGCCAUAAAACAUCUGUUUUUGACCAUAAUUAUGAAAAUCUGCAACCUCAUCGAUAGUCAGUUUUCUUAUUUCACUGGUUUCUAGACAUUACAUCAACAAUGGCUCAUUCAAAUACAAAAAAUAAAUUAAAAAAAGUUUUCCAAACAGUUGAUCUGUGAGAGUGCAGCUUUAAGGGCUAGCUUUCAUCUUCAGCACAUAGUUCUUAGAUUCAGUGGCUAAACCAGACUGCUGUGCUUACUAUCAAGACUUUUAGUUAUAAAAUGUAUCAAGUGUUUUCAGUAAUAUUUACGGUGAAUUGUAUACAUUUUGGCAUUUAAAAUGUGUUCUUUUAAUGUUUUUAAGCACCUUAUAUUACAACACAUUUAUUUGAUGCCACUGUCAGCUUCCAAGAAGGUCUUGUUAUGAUUUCUGUUACUAAUUGCUUUUGGAACCUGUAAAUCAGUGUGUUAUAUGUUAUUGUUAUGGGGAUCAUUAAUGCAAUUAAAUCAUAUUUAUUUUGAAUCUA